AUGGUGAUGCCGGAUCUUCCGUUGGAUUUGGUAGAUGAAAUACUCACUAGGGUUCCGACCACAUCUCUGAUACGAUUUCGAUCUGCUUGCAAACGAUGGAACUCUUUAUUCAAAGAGUCGGGAUUCUCCGAGAAGCAAUCACGAAGAGCUCCAAAGCAGCAUCGUGUUCUCAUGCUGAAGGACGAUAAGCUUUGUUUUACGAGGGUCAAUCUCAAAUCUGUUCCUCCAUCUAUAGAGUUUCAUGAAGAUGCACUUCUUACCCUAAAGGAUACCAAUUCAAAACAAGGUUAUAUAGAUCAAGUCCAACACUGCGACGGUUUGUUGUUAUGUCUCACCACAGACAAUAGACUCGUUGUUUGGAAUCCGUGUCUAGGUCAAACCAGGUGGAUCCAAAGCAAGAAUGGUUGCACGAGUUGUUACAACAAAUACCAUAGCUAUUCUCUUGGAUACGAGAACAAGCAAUCUUGCCGCAGCUACAAAGUCUUGAUGUUUGGAUCGAGAAUAAAUGAAUUUGAAAUCUAUGAGCUAAGCUCUAAUUCAUGGAGACUUGUUAAUGCUCCCAAAAACUUGCACCGAUCAGGAUAUUCCGGAGUGUGUUUGAAUGGAAAUACUUACUGGAUCUCUCGUGAAUAUUCAGACUUGAUAUGUUUUGAUUUUACAAGAGAGAGAUUUAUAGGAUUAUUGUGUCUUCCCAAUCCUCCUCAUCGUCGUCGUCGUCGUGCAGCACUAUCAGUUUUUAGAGAAGAAGGAGUCUCAAAGUUAUGUUAUACACACUUUCAUGAUUCAGGAAAGGUGGAGAUGUGGGUGACGAAUAAAAUUGUUGACGUUGAAGCUGACUUGUCAUGGAGCAAAUUCGCAGUGGUGUUACUCGGUCCUAGCGUUAACUUUUCUGCUUUCACGAGUCUUUUAACCGACGAGGAGAAGAAAGUGGCCGUGUGUUGUAAUUUUAGUCCUUGCCCCAGAAGAAACAAUGACGAAGAAAACCCUAAUUUAAAAGACCCAUGGUUGCAACAUUUUACCCAUUAUGGUGAUGGAAACUGGUGGCCAUUUCUUUUCAAUUAUGUUCCAAGUUUGGUUCAUAUCCAGUCAUAA